UCGUGUUCUUGGUGACGUAUUUAUAACCAUCCUAAGCAACUUGAUUGGUCUUUGUGUUAUCAACAUCAGCUGCUGCACUGCAAUGCUUGUAAAGAUUCAUCUCCAUAAACGUAGCGCAACGCCCAGCGUUUCCAGCAGGGUAAUGGACAACGCAAUGUAUGCCUUGCUCGCCGUGCUCGUUUCCUGCCUCGUCUAUGACAUAUCUUAUUACAUUAUUUGCUUGACAAAUGAUGUUUACAACAUCUACCUUACCGUUGCUGAGAUCGUCUACGAUUCUCAGUUUUGCGUCAACCCCAUUGUGUAUAUUAUCGUGAACCAAUUGCACCGCCGGCGAGUGUCCGAGGCGAUGCGAAGGCGGUGGCAGUGGGCGGCGGGCGGAAGGGCCCAGGCAGGCGACCCGGGCGACGGAGCGCCUCGGGCAGAAACCCCGCGCGAAACCCACCAGACGUCUGUACCCCUGUGAGAUGGCAAACAACGAAGGACAUUGAGUGUAAAUACUUUUAUACAUACGUAUGCAUUUAC